UCUGAAGUUCUGCUCUUGCUUCCGACUGGUGCCGCUCAUGGGGUGUUGCUCGUCAAUGACCUUGUGAAAACACCAACCGUUUCGCUCCCAAGUUUCUUAUGUCAAUGAGCUCAAUACGUUUUAUCACAGAAAGGGCGACAUUGUAACAACGCUGUUCAACAAGUGUUUUCAAGUCAAACCCAAUCGCAGUUUAGAAAUGUUCUUAGUCUCAUAUAUGCUUCAUUUUAUGCUUUUUUUUGUUUUUAUUAAACCUAUUCCUGACAUUAACGCUCCGAAGAAAGUGGAUUUUUUUUCAAUGCUGCAUUUCGUUACUGAAUUGUUAGGACGACUCAAAUAAUAUUUGGUGAAUUAGAUUAAGUGUCUGAAAAUGGAAGAAAAACACGAAAGUCACAUGUACAAGUGGCUCUCUCUGGCCGUCGAACAGUCCAAAUCACCUACUUUUUUUCUGGUGUACGUUUUGCUCCCGUUUUUAUUUGUUUUUAUUCAUUGUUAUUUUGUUUACUAUCUUCCAGCUUUUGCAGCAAUUCUUAUAUCCGUCAAUUUUAAUUCAGCCCUUCAAUGCAAACGUUCUAUACGUUGCAAUAACUAAUUUAUUAAUUUUUUUACAGCAUUCAGUUUGUUGUGUUUGCUGCUGUGACCAGUCCAAUUUCUCCAGGAAGGGAGUCUAAUCUAAACUUGUGGACACAACAGAUAACUUUGGCUCGUGUGUCCAGCCCUGAAAGACUCGCAUGUACAGGAGCAGUCUUGACAGAGCUGCUGCACUAUAAAUAAUAAAAGGGUUGUUGGUGGGUGAGGGGAUGUGUGUGGGUGUUGUAGUUUCUGUUAAAUAUAAAUCUGACCCCAAUCUCACGUGUGGACACUCCGGUAAGCAGCACCUGUUCAUGGGCACUUAUAAAAUACCAUGCCACCACACUCUUUUCACUGAAGUGUCGAAGCUGCAAAUACUAUGACAACUACUACCGAUGUAUUUCCCCCUCCAGAUAUCCACAAUAUUAUUUAUUUCUGAUGGUUUAGUUACAUUAUUUUUUUAUGUAAUUAUCAUAUUAUUCAGAAGAGUCUCCCCUUAUCAUUAAAAAAAUAUAAUGAAAUACUUAUUAAUAUAAUAAUUUCAUAUGAACCUAUUGUUAUGGACUACUAUGGUUAAAAUGUAGAUUUCUGGAUGACUAAAGAAGCUUUGUUUUCAUUUCAAGAAUGAAAGAGCUGUUCUGUUUCUCUGUUCUGCACCUGCUCUGAAAAUCAUUGUGGAACAUUCAAAUGGCUGACGUUAUGUGUCGUGUGGUUGAAGGUAAAUGCCUGGAAAUGAGACGCCAUUUAAAGAAGAAGUAUGCAGCUUUACUGUUGCUGCUUUUUGUCGGGGGAAUUUACCUCCUGCAUCAGGUGGAUGUCAAUGCUAGUGGUCAGACAGCGUUACCUGAGAUAAGCUGGCAAGGAAGACACGCCGUUUCUAGAGAGUCCUGGGUUGAACAGGGAGACUACCUGCCUCUCAAUGUGUCCUAUCAGUUGCUGGCUGGAAAACCGUCCACGCAACAAAGGUUCCUGUGCAUCGGGAUCUCGUCUGUAAAGAGAAGCAAGGGCAGCUACUUGGUUACCACCCUGCAGUCCCUCUUCUCUCAGUCCAGCCCUGAGGAGCGCCAGUCCAUGCUGGUGGUCCUGCUUCUGGCUGACUUUGACUCCCACUGGAUAUUUGAAACUGUGAACCAGAUCAAAAGUACUUUCCCUUCAGAGCUAGAUCAGGGUCAGCUGCUGCUCAUCCAUGUGCCCAAGGAGUGCUAUCCGUCUACUGCAGGUUUAAAAAGAAACUACAACGAUCCUCCAGAUAGGGUUUCAUUCCGCUCCAAGCAAAACCUGGACUACUCCUUCUUGAUGCACUACAGCUCCGGCGUGAGCAAGUACUACCUCCAGCUGGAGGACGACGUCAUUUCAGCGAAGAACUUCCUCACCGCCAUCAAGACGCGAGUCCAGCAGCAGGAAGCCAAGAAGACCACCUGGGCAAUGCUGGAGUUCUCCAGCCUUGGCUUCAUCGGGAAGCUCUACAAGUCGGCCCACCUCCCUCUGCUGGCCCGUUUCCUCUUCCUCUUCUAUCAGGAAAUGCCGUGCGACUGGUUAAUGUCUCACUUCCGCCUCCUGUUGACACAGAAGGAGCCAAUCUUCGUCAGGCCCUCGCUGUUCCAGCAUAUCGGACAGUUCUCCUCAUUCAAAGGGGUGGUGAACAAGCUGAAGGACAAAGAUUUUGAGGAGGUUUACACCAACCCUCCAGCUGAGGUCUUCAGCAACAUGUCUACCUACGAGAAGAACUACCCCAAACUUGCCUGGGAGCCUGGCGAGGGCUUCUUCUGGGGCCGCUCCCCAGGGAAGGGCGAUUAUCUUACCGUGGUCUUCAAAGAGCCCACGCUUGUCACUGGAAUAUAUAUAGAAACUGGGUCAGGGGGGAAGGACCUGCUGCAGUCGGCGCUGGUGGAGCUGGGCACAGAGGUGCUCAGCGCUAAAACCCACAAAACCUGCGGCGUCUUUAAACCGCAGGGCUCUUUUGAAAGAGGGGUCUUCCUGAUGGAGAAGGUGAAGGACUCAGGUGCUGCCUCCUGCCUGAGGAUACUGGUGACCCAGGCACAGAGCGACUGGCUCAUCAUCACCAGGAUCAGGGUCACCACAAGCUCUGGACCAAAGUUGAGUUGAAGCUGUCAAUCCUCAUGAUGAACCUUGGAUAAUGGUGCCUUGUUCCAGUCGGGGAACUACUUUAUAUUUUAAUUUAAAGAGAUUAUUAAUAAAAGACUUGUGUUUGUGAUGAUGGUGCAAUAAACAGUGUUGUCCUGGAGCUGGCGUGUAGGCACGCACCCACCUUUGAACAAUAGGUGGAAGUCACAAGUUCACGUGUGGAUAGCCUUGGGUGGUGUUGCAACACAGCCUCUCCCUUUGGACCGACAUGUUCCUCCUUGUCCUGUGGAGCCUUCACUGAAGACAGCCAGCCGUGUGGGGUGUGAAGCCUGAGCAGUGUUAUCUGAUACAACAGAGCGGCUCAAGUUUCUCUGAAGCUGAAAGCUGGACCUGAUAGGACGGCACUGCAAGAACCUGCUGCCAACUUGAUAAUACAAUGCUCAGUUCGGAGCUAUAAUGUAACGAUUCAGGGUCAGGCUGCUCUUCAGCCUUCCAACUGGAUUCGGUGACCCUAGUUUCAUCUUCACAGAAGGGACAGGUUGCUCUGUUGCUGUUGAUGCGC